CACCGUGGGAGCAGGCCCAGCGGAACCCGGCCGAGCGAUGCCUGCGUCCCCCGCCCCCGUAACCGCCAGGCUGAAGCGGGAGGACUGCCACCGCACCAAGCACGAUCCCCUCUUCUCCCCAUGGAAGGUUCUGGUCGGGCCGUCGGACUGGGAGGACCACUCCGCCGGCAAGGAUGGGGUCCAGAGGUACCGCAUCCGCAACCUCCCGGACAACUUCCCCGGUCUCUACGAGCUGGGCGUCGCCGGCGCGUCCGACGAGGGCGUCAGGGCCCGGAGGCGUGAUUCGCGAGGCGUCGUCGUGGUGUACCUCGGGCAGGCCGACAGCGUCAGGGCGAGGCUGCAGCAGUAUGGCCGCUCGGGGUCACAUCUGGACACUGGGAAUUCGCUAGGCUCUGCUGGUAAAGAUGAGCUGAAUGUGGUCGCUCCGGGGCUUGGAUUGUUCAGAGAAGUGUUCUUCAGAGGCUAUUCCAUAGUGUUUCGGUGUGCACUGAUGGAUAAUAAACAAGAAGCUGAGAAGACUGAGGCACAGUUGCUGAGGGUAUUUGAUUACGCAUGGAACAAGCUUCAGAAUGGUGCUUGUCGUCGUGAAGAAAUACUGCUCAAGUUAGAACAGGGAGCAGCCAGCCAUAGAUCAUCUCUACUUAGCAGAGUACGCCACAUGAAACAAGAUAUAUUUGGAGUAAAAGCGGGUAUAAAGAUAAAGGGAAGUGGGUCAGUUAACACCUUGCCUGGCAUUAUGAAAAGUAUGCUCCCAAGAGUUCGUACAUUUAUUGGUUUCAGGCCUCAUCUAGUGAACUCUGACGACAGUGGAGGCGAGGCAAUUGAUAUUCCCUCGAAGAAAAUAUCUGGUAUUCCCUGUGGUAAUAGACAAGCAUGUAGAAGGAGGUCCGAAGGGUACAAAGUAAAAAAGAUUGAUGUCGCAAAACGGAGAACUGUACCAAUACAAGAUUCUAACUCUUUUUGUGGAGUGGUGCUAGAAGAUGGUUCUUCUUGUCUGGAGCACCCAGUUGAAGGAAGAAAGAGAUGCAGCUUACACAAAGGUAGAAGAGUCAAAGGCAGCCCUAAAAGCUCAUCUACUAGCUAUCCUUGCCAAGCUGAGAUUCCAAUACCUCGCCUAAUUGAAGCUUUGGACAACUCGGAUAGAACACAAGAGGUUAUUGAAUCCAUACCUCACCUAACUGAAGAUUUGGACAACUCAGAUCGAACACAAGAAAGUGAAAUAUUGCCCAAAAAUAUCUCUAUAACUGUGGAGGAAUCUCUAAGACAAAGCAAUAGCAUCAAAGUAGAAGAGGUGAAAACUAGAGAAGCUCCUACAGAAGAUGGAACACAUGACGCCUCCCAGGAUGCUUGUAUCUGUGAAGAGAAGGCUUCCCAUGCUGAACCUGAGUCCCAGGAGCCGCAGCCUUCUGGGAGAAUGUGGUUUGACCUGCUCAAGGCACAGAAGAAAUCAACAAGCACGCACGCAGCUAGAGGGUCAGGAUCUCAGACAAGAAUAAGAGAUCGUGCAACACCUAUCUGUGGAGCAGUGGCAAAUAAUGGGUCCUGCAAAAUGGUGCCAAUUGCAGGAAGAAAAAUAUGUGAGAAAGACAGUGGUAUAGAGGUUGGUGCUUCGUUUUCCAGAAGCUCAGGAUGGCCGUGUACAUGUGGUGCCCGUACACCAGACGGUUCACCUUGUAUUAAUAAGCCAGUCGAAGGGAGGAAGAGAUGUGCAUUGCACAAAGGGCAACGAGCAUCAUGCUCCCUUACACCAUUAGUUUAACAAACAUGACGUUUUUCUUUCAUUCAGUUGUUCUUUUCGCGCCGCAGCUUGAAAGUUGAAGCAUAGAAAGCUGAGUCUCCCCACCAUAUGUGAAGCUGUUUCACACCCCAGUGAUGAUUCACUAGUCAUAUUUCUUUGUUGUGUUGAAGUUCAUCAUUCAAAUUUCUUGUGCCCCCAAAACAUAAAAACAUUACAUGUUUUUUGUAAUUGUAUUUGAUGGAUUAUAGAGAAAUUGAAGAAUGAAUCUCUUAUACUGA